AUGGAGCUUUACUCAAUCUUUUUAUUAUUUUUAUUCUCGUUAAUUCUUAAAGUUUAUGCUGAAAACCAGGACUAUCCAAAAAGUGAAAAUCUCAUCAAUUUGAAGGACCAUGAAUUCAAAGAAAAAGUGCUGGACAAUUUGACAGAUCAAAUAUGGUUUGUGAAGUUUUAUGCCCCUUGGUGUGGACAUUGCAGACAUUUGUAUCCGGAAAUAUUGAAAGUUUCUGAACACUAUAAAGAUAAUGAUAAGAUAAAAAUAGCUAAAGUUGAUUGUAGUGUUGAGAAAAAAAUUUGCAAAGAACAAAAUGUGAAUGGUUACCCAACAAUGAGAAUUUUUUCAAGAGGAAAAUUCAUAAAGCAAUAUAAACGUGCAAGAAGAACCCAUAUGGAUAUUAUUCAAUUCAUUGAAAGAGGAAUUCAGCCUGAUAUAGUCAAAAUUAAUUCACCUGACCAAAUUAAUCAAAUUAGUCACGACUUAUCAGAAUACCCAAUUCUAUUGAUGAUGUUCAAUUCGGAAAUCGAAAUUGAGCAAAAUUUGGAAUUUUUUGAAGAAAUUAUCAAGAGAAAUGAUUUCGAAUUAACUAUUGCAGUAACAUAUAAUCAAAGUGUUAAAAGCAAUGUUUUAGAAAGUACUAAAGAUCAUAAAUUUAGUACCACUGACUUAUGUUCAACAUCUCCGUGUAUUACUAUAAUUGGAAAAGAUAACUUUUCGCCUACUAUAUUAUUAGUUAAAGAAGCUGAAUUUGUUUUCCGCUUUAUGCAACAAUACAGGUUCCCAUUCUUAAGUGCUCCAUCUAGAAUGGAAUUUAUUGAGUAUCUUAAUAGCGGGAAUCUGGUAGUUAUUAUGGGAAUUCAGAAAAAUGUUGAGGUAAAUAACGAAAUUAGUGGUGAUUUUAUUACUGAUUUUGGUCUAAUUGCAGAGAAAGUUAGAAGAGAGCUUUUUUUGCCUAUAAAAUUUUCAACAUCUGAAAUUCCAAGAGGAAUUCUUUUUGCUAUUGUUGAUUUUGUAUCUUAUUCAUCACUUUUUAGAGAAUUUGGUAUUACUGAAUUUAACUUUAUACAAGGAUACGAAAUUGUGGUUGCUGACGGUCUUAAAUACUAUUAUAACCGUCAAGAUAUGAUGAAAAUUCCUGUUUUAUUUGAAACCAUUGAACUAAUCUCUAAUCAAAAUCCAAAAGUCCCCAGGCUUAAAGCAUACUCUUUUUUUAACCCAAAUACAAUCAGGAGGUUUUUUUAUGAUCUUAAUGUAAUCAUCAGUGAUAUCUUCUAUAAAUCAUGGGUUCAUGCAGUUCUUGUCACUAUUACUGCAUUCCUUAUAGUUGCUGGGCUUACAGUAUUCUGUUGUCUUAUUUUCUUCGGAGACCUCGCAGAUUCUUAUUUAUUGCAUGAUGACAUGGUUGUAACUGAAAUGCAAAAAAUGGCGCCAAAGGCGGAAAACAAAAUUCAUAAAAACAAAGACGAAAAAUCAGAGAAUGAACUGGACAACAGCUCUUUGAGUGAUACAGUUCGUUUUUCUGACGAAGAACCUGAAUUGGUGGAAUCCAAAAAGGAAAGGUAA